AUGCUUCGGCCGAGUUUGUUGACGAUCUCACAUCGAAAACCGAUUCGUGCCAGUUCCACAUGCGGUGAACAUAAUGGACAACCGAUCAACGAAGUCUACUGCUCACUCACUGGUUCCACACAAUAUUCACCGCUCAACGAGUACUCGUACCAAGACGAUACAGCUCAUCCACUGGCUUACAGUGAAAUGCGACAGGAACGCGAAGCAUUCGUGCAGGUAAGGAUAAACCCGAGGUGUGAGGGCUAACA